AUGACGCCUCACACGCUGAAGGUGGAAAACUGCUCUUCACACUGCACCACUCCAUCCGAGAGGCAGGACAACGUGGUCUCCGUGAAGGUCGGCUUCAUCCACAUCAAUCCAGCGUCCAAACGGGGUCGUAGGAUCUUCCUACUUCAAAUGCUGAUCGUUUGCUUCGUUCCUCACGUCGCGUUGCUCAUCCAGAACUGCUCCAAUAUGGCGCAGCUUUCACAGACGUUAGACUCCUCGCUCUAUCUGGAUACUGAGGUAGACACAAUUCUGUCCAUGGGAGACUUGAUCAUCAGUUUACAAGACGAGAGACAUAUCAUCAGUGAUUAUCUCCUCAAAUCAUCAACCAUAGAAGUAACCGUUCUGCAGAGGGCGUUCGUGACGAUAGCUGACCAGUUCACCAGUGUUCCUGACAUUCAGGACCAUUUGAUGACACUAUACCACUUUAGGGAAGAUCUCAUAAAUAUCAAAAAUUUGAAAGCAGAGGCGUUUAAAAGGACGAGAAUAUAUGAAGAUAUAAAUACGUUACUACUGCUGAACGUUGCUAAGAAUGUUAAGACAACCACCUCAUCGCUUUGGAGGCAGUUAUCAGCGUGCUCCGACCUCCUCAGAUCCCGGGAGGAGUUGUCCCUCGCCCUCACAACGCACUCCUACUACUUGAACAUUGAAAAGCUGGACUCCAUAGUUAUAAGCAGUAUACAAACACACCUAGACUCCGGGAGAGACAGCCUAAAGUCUACCAUACAGUAUUUGGAGACAGAGAAAAUUGUUAAGGAGGUCAAAGAGUUGAAUGAAGUUUUGAUGUUUUUUGAAGAAUUGAAACGGACGAUAGUGAAUCAGCCAAGAAUCGAGCCCACGACGGCAAAUAUCAGUAGAUAUUUAUACACUGAUAUUGUAGACUGGUCUUCUUACCUCGACAGAAUGCGGGUAGUUCAACAGGACCUCUGGGUCAUAGUUGGUUGGUCAGGGCGGCAAGUGGUGUGGGUAGCUCGUCGGACCCUCGGCAUCGGAGUGGCGAUCCUGGCUCUGGUACUCCUCGCCUCUCCCAUCAUGCUGCUGCUGUUGCGUCACAUCGCUUACACCAUACAGACUUUCACACACUCAAUCGAGCAGAGUACACAAAAGUUGGUAGCAGAGAAGCAGAAGAGUGAUCUUCUGUUAUCGAGAAUGCUGCCUUUGCCCGUGCUGAGGAGACUGAGGGCACAGAGAGCUGUCCCAGCAGAAGCUUUUGACGCCGUCACGAUAUUCUUUAGCGACAUCGUCGGGUUCACCAACAUAUCGGCCAGUAGCACCCCCAUGGAGGUGAUAAAUAUGCUCAAUAUGCUGUACAGGUUAUUUGAUGAGAAGAUCACACAUUACGACGUGUAUAAAGUAGAGACGAUUGGAGACGCUUACAUGGUCGUUUCCGGAUUACCACAAAGAAAUGGUAACCGUCACGCGUCAGAAAUAGCAGAUAUGUCGCUGUCGCUCCUCCGCAGCCUGGAGGGCGCGCGCGUGCCGCACCGGCCCGGCGCGCCGCUCAUGAUCCGCGCGGGCGUCAACACGGGGCCCUGCGUGGCCGGCGUCGUGGGCACCACCAUGCCGCGCUACUGCCUCUUCGGGGACACCAUCAAUACUGCCAGCAGAAUGGAGAGUACUGGCGAAGCCAUGAAAAUCCACAUUUCGUAUACAACGAAAACAGCAUUAGAUGAAAUCGGAAACUAUGAGUUCGAGACGAGAGGUCCCGUCAAUGUUGCGGGCAAAGGUUGUAUGGAGACGUUCUGGUUGGUGGGGAAAGUCGGGGGCUUUCGUAGCGAGAGCCCCCGGGGGCCUCAGCUACAGGACUAUCACAAUAAUCUAAUGGAGUUGCUCAUUCGGUCCUAACUGUGUCAAACUUGAAAUAAAAUUUAUUUCAUGUUUUA